AAGAGUCACAUUCAAAGCUCCAUUGGGUUUAAAUAUCCCUUAAGUUGAAGCGGUGCGAAUAGCCGUUAGCUACCUAUAGUUAUUACGAGGUUAUUACCAAUACAAAUUCUAAACAAGUUAAUAGUAGACUAAUAAUUGAAAAAAGUGUGUCUAUCAAAAAUGAUAUUCGAGAACGGUAUAAUUAAAACUCCUGAUUUGGAAUUUAACGAAAACUCUGGAGGCGUUGGAUGUAUAUUGUAUGAGACUCUUAAACAAUAUGAGAACAGAAUUGCUUUGAUAAAUUCUCAUAAUGAUGAGUUCAUCACCUACAAAGAACUAUUAAAAAGAAGCAUUUCCACAGCAAUAGCACUUGAAAAACGUGGCAUAAAACAGCAUGAUUUAAUGGCUAUAUGCUCUAGAAGAGAAAACCUUGAUGGUAACGUGCCCAUAAUUGCAGGGCAAUUUUUAGGCUGUAUCACCUAUGCGUUAGACCCUAAUGAAACCAUUGAAGUGACUGCAAAUUUACUUGAACAAGUCCAACCAAGGAUUAUUUUUGUAACAGAAAGUUCAAAGCAACUUAUAUUUGAAACUCUCAAGAAAAUUAACAUUCAAGUUGAAAUAGUGGAAUUUGGUGAACAAUUCAAACACGAGUUUUUAGGCUUGGAAAACAGUGACUUUAAGCCAUUGUUUAUUGAAAACCUAAAAACAACUUGCAUGAUACAUUUCAGUAGUGGUUCCACUGGUACACCGAAACCCAUAUGCCUAAAUCACUAUUAUUAUAUGGCACUAAUUGGACCUAUUCCACAUCCGAAAUCGGAACCCUGCACUCGGAAGUUUGCAAACCACAUGAUUGGCUCGGUCAGUUUGAGGAUCUCUAACUGGUACUGGAUAUCGACUUCUAUAGAAAUGGUUGACGCUAUGUGGAAUGGAAAAUGUCGGUUAUUGAAGGAUAUAUUCGAUGUUGAUCAAAUAUGGUUUACUAUUGCUAAAUACAAGAUUGCAGAUAUUUUCUUUAGACCUGUGGAUAUACCCUUAUUCCCAUCAAAAUUACCUCCAAGUUUAGAUGUUUCUUGCCUACGUAAAGUGUUUAUAAGCGGUAAUGCUUUACAUGAGGAUUUAGUAGACAGUUUAAAGCAACUUUUGCCUGAAGUUGAGCUUGUGUCCAUGUAUGCUAUGACAGAAUGCGGCGUAGUUACUUAUUCUUAUGUGGAAAAAUUUAAAGUUGAAAAACCAACUUGUUGUGGACUUCCAGUCAGUGGACUACAUUAUAAAAUUAUCGAUUUAGAAACAGGCAAAAUUUGUGGCUUUAAACAACCAGGCGAAUUACAUGUGAAAGGCAAACGAGUCUUCAACGGUUUUCACAAUUUAGAUAGUUCCGAGUGUUUUGACGAUGAAGGCUAUUUUAAAACUGGCGAUGUGGUUUAUUUUGACGAAGAUUUUUGCUUCUUCUUUGUUGAUCGCAUCAAAGCUCUUUUAAAAUGGAAAAAUAAACUAAUUUAUCCCAGUUGCAUUGAAGAAGUAUUGCGUAGCCAUCCUGCAGUAAAUGAUGCAAUGGUUAUUGGUAUUGAAGAUAAAGUUGAAGCUGAAAGAUUGAUGGGGGUGGUCAUAUUAAAAAACGAUGUUGAAGAUCUUAGCGAAGUGGAUUUGGUUAAAUAUGUUGAAGAAAGAGUAGAAGACUAUAAAAGAUUGAGAGAAGGUGUGGUGUUUGUUAAGCAUUUUCCUACAACAAUUACUGGAAAACCAAAUAGGCUCAAAGUAAAACAAAUGGCCCUUGAACUGAUGAAGCGUAAUGUGAAUAUAAAAUACGCAUAAUAAAAUUUAUCUUGAAUUCUAUUUUUUUAUUCUCUUCAUAUUAACUUUUUUUUGUCAAGUCCUUUCUAAAACAGCUUCUAAUGAACUGGUAUGAUAUUUCAAUGUAUCCUGGUUGAGUUAAGAUAUGUACUUUUGUAUACUAUCCAAGGUGGCAACUGAAAGUGUGGG